AUGUCCAUGCUUCACCAUGUGGAUCUUGCCAACCAACAUGGCGGACAGGAUGCUCCGCCUCUCGUUGAUUACUUCCGUGCAACUGCUCUGUCGAUUUUUUGUUUUGUGUGUGUCAUUUUUGCUGCUCUCAUGGACAAGAAGGAAUUGGAGAUCUGUCUGCCUCGGUGUGAAGAAAUUCUUGUGAAAGGAGCCAAUGUAAAUAAUACAGAUGAGAGUGGAUGGGCAGCUCUUCAUUAUGCAAGUUACAAAGGACAUCCAGACAUCGUUGAAGUAUUAGUCAACCAUAAUGCUGAUAUGAAUGUUGUUACUACGAGUGGAUCUACUGCAGUCAUGUUAGCAGCAGAGGAAGGACACAAAGAUGUUGUUUUGAUUUUAACACAGAAAGGAGCCAAUCUAGAUCUUGUCAACAAAAGUGGAUGGGCAGCUCUUCAUUAUGCAAGUUACAAAGGACAUACAGACAUCGUUGAAGUAUUAGUCAACCAUAAUGCUGAUAUGAAUGUUGUUACUACGGAGUAUCUCAUUGCUCCUAGUGAUGUAGGAGAAGCUCGUAGUCUUCUUGUCAGUGGAAAGUACACGUUCAAUAUGAAAGAUGUUGCUCGAUCAGUGCUUACAAAAGAAGAUAAUAAGUCAGAAGACAGAGAAAGUACUUCAACUCAAAAUGGUGACCAACCAAGUAAUUCAGAUGUUCAUUCUAGUGGUCAAGCAACAGCUCAACUGGAUUACCAAAAUGAUUUGAAGUCGAUAUUGCUAAAUGCUAACGUGUGCGACUAUAGCGAGGAUGGUAAUGACACUGAUGCACAAAGAUCAAUACGCGCCAUGAUUUUAGAUAAAGAUAACACACGAUACAAAGGCUGUGCUAUUUCAAGACAUCAUCUAGAGCAAGAGUGGGGAAUAGUGUCAGAUAAAUCAAAUGAUGAGGCAUGUGAUGAACCUGAUGCUGCCAUUGUGUCAUCUAAAAAUGAAGAAGAGGAGGCAAGAUCUCUUUAUUAUCUGAAGAAGAGUCUAGUCAACACCCUGACACUCAACCAAUGUUUAAGUCCACUGGUUUAG